AUGGUUUCACAGGGGAUACAUUUGGUGGGUAGUGGGCUUGCUCUGCUUGGCUGGGUGGGUGCCCUUCUCUCCUGCAUCAUACCAAUGUGGUGUGUGACUAGCUUUGUGGGUGCAACCAUUGUCACCUCUGAGACCAUAUGGGAGGGCAUCUGGAUGAACUGUGUGGUACAGAGUACAGGUCAGACGCAAUGUGACCCUUAUGACUCCAUGCUGGUGCUCAGCUCUGAACGGAAGGCAGCUCAGGUCCUCACAGUAGGCUCACUUCUGGCUGGCUCACUGGGUAUCAUACUGGCCCUCAUUGGAGGAAAAUGCACUCGCUUUCUGGACUACAGAAAUGGAACUGCAAAAGAUAGAGUUGCCACUGCUGCUGGUGUGAUACUGAUCAUUAGUGGCCUGCUCUGUCUGAUUCCUGUCACAUGGGCUGCUAGCACUGUGGUCCAGACGUUUUACAAUCCACAGAUAACUGACGCCCAGAAAAGAGAGAUUGGUCCAGCUAUCUACAUUGGUUGGGGUGCUUCUAUCCUUCUCUUUUUGGGUGGUGGCAUGCUCUGUAGCACUUCCUGUUGCCAGAAGGCAGAAGAUGACAGCCCUUCAGUCAACUACAGGGUUGUAUGUUCAUCUAGAGCUGCAUCUAGCAUCAGAAUGUCACAGCAGGUCCAGGUCCACAGUCCAAGCCAGAAGACAAAGAUACCAGCAAGGUCUGAGUGCAGUGAUGGUGCUCCAGCCAAUCAGCAGCAGCACAAAAUAAACUCUGGAGGAUCCAGGAAGAGUAAGAUAUCAACUACAAAAUCGGAAGAGCCCAUGACGGAGUCUGAGCAAAGUGACGGGCCGUCUACAAAGUCCCAGCUGAAUUAUGCAGGUUCUGAUCGCAGCCUGGAAUCUUCUGAAAGUGAGGUCCCUUCUGCAUGUCCUGAGAAGACCUACCUCUGAUCUGGAAAGACCCCGCAACAGCAUCAUAGACAUAUUUGCAUUCAAACGGAGUUUAAUAGAGACACAAUCAAGAAAUUGGACAUUCUAAUAAAGCAUUGUGUAUUGAUUUGCACCAUAGAUGAUGUUUCACAAGUCUUCACUUGUACCUCAGGGUGUAUU